GUAACUGCAACAGCAGCUGCUUUUAAUUAGUUGGGUGUGUUAAAUAGCUCAGUACUUUUUAAGCAAGUACUUAUCAGAAUCUCGUUAACAGGAAAAUAUAAGAUUCCGAUUGGAAUUUAUUGUUAAUCUAAAAUGGGGCUAAAAGGUUGUGAAAUUCAAUUGGAUAAUCCGUGGAAUACAUAUUACGCCGGUCAAACGAUUAACGGACAGGUGAAAUUGACUUUUGAUUCCACGAAAAAAGUGCGAGGUAUUAUAAUAAAAUUUCUGGGCGAAGCCAAUACUGAAUGGUCCGAGACCAAAACUGUAACCACUAGCGAAGGAAAGACUGAACAAGAAGAGGAAAAAUUGCGUGGUCAUGAGGAGUAUUUUCAAAUACAAUACUACCUUUUGGGCGGCAAGAAUAGUUCUGAGACUGAGCUUCCAGCCGGCACACACACUUAUCCAUUCACAUGUGCAUUGCCGCCCACACUACCCUCCUCAUUCGAGGGUGAAUUCGGUCAUGUGCGUUAUACGAUCAAAGUAACCUUGGAUCGCCCGUGGAAAUUCGAUCAGGAUAUGAAAAUGGCAUUCACGGUUAUUUCACCGGUCGAUCUCAAUGUAAAUCCACGUGUAAAGGAACCCUAUAAGCUCGAAUUGGAAAAAAGCUUUUGCUGCUUUUGUUGUCGCUCAGGUCCAUUGUCAGUUGUUACUACCGUACCGGUGACUGGGUACGUUUCUGGCCAAACAAUACCAAUUACUUGUGAAUGCGACAAUGCUAGUAAUGUUGGCAUAACAUCGGUAAAGUUUAUUUUGCGCAAACGUGUCACGUUCCAAGUUAAUCAGCCGCGUGCCGAUAAAAAACAAAGCAAAAUUACUAUUGCCGAAUUGGGUAUUGGCCCUGUUGCGGGCGGUGAGACGCGCACUUUUACACAGCAAUUGGAAAUACCAGCACUGCCACCAACAAAUUUGCUCAAUUGCGGUAUUAUUUCGUUGGAUUAUGAUUUGCAUAUUGAAUGUGAAGUAAGCGGUCCACAUCGUAAUUUAUCUGGUAAUAUACCCAUCAUUUUGGGUACAAUUCCAUUAGCAUCGUUCAAGCCACCAGCACCAUAUACGGAUGUGCCAGCACAAAUACCACCACAGCAGCAAGAUCAAGAUCCAUCACUGGCACCUACGCAACCGGUUAGUCCAGCAAGUCCCCCAAGUGAUGGUGCAGGUGGUGCGUUGGGUUGGAAUGUAGCAGAUAGUGCUGGUGGGCAACUAUAUCCGAAUAUACCACCACCGCAAUUUGUGGAGACACAGUUUCGUGCGCCAAAAAUAACAGGCAACGAGGAUUCAGAACAUACAACAGUUGUGGGUGAUGCUAGCUUUGCGCCACGCUAUCCAACUUUCCAAUUUAAUAAUGCAACUGCUCCGCCACUUCAUUAAAGCAAGGAAAAUUUAAGUCAAUUGGCGUCUAGAAAGACAGCGUCGGAAAGACAUCACAUGCAUAUACAUAAAUACAUAUAUAUAAAUGUUUUUGUUCGACAGCUACUAUGUUUUGUUGCAGUUUAAAUGUCGCACAAAUCUAAAAAAUAAAAUAAUUUUCACUCGUUUGGUCAUAAACUACGCUUCCUUUCAGUUAAUCUAAUGGAAAAUGCAAUUGGCAUCCGUCCGCAAUGCUUCUUAAAUAUAUAUUUUAUUUCUCAUAAAGUUAAAAAUACGAUGAAAUCAAUAAAGGAAGAUUAAAAUAAAGACGAGUGCCUAGAAAAUUUGCAAUUA